GGGGGGGGCGGGCAGCCAUUUCCAGUGCGCGCGCGGGGGACACAGCACUGCAGGUCCUCACAUGGGAUACUUUAAACAAUCACCAUGAACGAAGACGUCUACGAGGUGCGGGACGGAAAUGAGUACCGCUACCUUGUUCAGGAAGAGGGAGAGGAAGAGGUGCGGUACUGCAGGCGCAACUAUGUGAACCCGUUCCUGGUCCCCUCUCGCAAGUGCAUCUUCUUCAUCAGCUGCAUAGUGCUGUCUCUCCUGAUCCUGGCCGGGUACCUGGCCUACAUGGCCGAAAUGCCCCCACACGGCUUUGCCACCGUUCCCACUGACUGCGGCAAAGUGAGCGGUCACUGGAGGAGCGGAGCGUAUUCCUUCAAGGGGAUCCCUUAUGCUGCCCCUCCAGUCAGGGACAGGAGGUGGAAGCCCCCAGUCGACCUCCGGAUGUCUGGCCUCUGCUGGAGGGGGACCUACGAUGCCACCUACUUCCGCAAUGUGUGCGCCCAGGUGCAGCCCCUGGAUGAGAACGGCAAGGUGCAAGGGGAGGAGGACUGCCUGUACCUGAAUGUAUGGACCCCGACCUUGCAGAAAGACGCCAGGCUGCCUGUGAUGGUUUGGAUUCAUGGGGGUUACCUGCACAUGCUCAGUGGCUCCGAGGAAGGCUACUCGCCCAAAGAGGAGUUGGCCGCCAGUACUGGAGUGGUUUACGUUAGUUUUAACUACCGCCUGAAUGCUUUCGGGUUCCUUGCCUUAUCACUUCUUAGACAGAACUCUCCAACCAAAACCUCCGGAAAUUAUGGCUUCAUGGAUCAGAUAGCAGCUCUGCAGUGGGUCAAGAGGAAUAUAAACCUGUUUGGUGGAGAUCCAGGACGGGUCACUAUAUUUGGACAAAGCUCAGGGGGGACAUCAGUGUGGACAUUGAUGAUGUCACCACUUGCCAAGGGCCUGUUCCACAGGGCAAUUGACAUGAGUGGCUCCUAUGUUUACAACAGCCCCCUGAAGAAGGCCGAGAAGGACAACCUCGUGUUCCUCAAUAAGUCUGGAUGCAGCACCUUGGAGUGUCUUCAGAAGCUCUCAAAGACCCAAGUUCUCCAGGCAAUACCAUGGAAGGAGUACCCUUUUUGGGCAGCAGAAGAUCUUGCAGACAUUCCAGUAAAGGAGCGUUUUGAUGGACCAGUGGCUGUGGUGGAUGGACACGUUCUGCUCGCUCCUCCCUUUGAGACCUGGGAGAAAGGCAGUGGCUACACCGACGUUCCAUUUGUCAUCGGCACCACUGAGCAGGAAGUGGACUGGUGUCCAGUUUAUGAGAACAUUUCACUCUGGACUUGGGAUGACUAUCAUUGGUUUGUGACUGAGAAAUUGUCACCUUUUGGAGCGGAGCUCGCCAAACAGGCCAUUGAGCUGUAUCCCAGCUCUGCCAAGUGUCCCAUCAAUGACCGCUGCCCUGAGAGACUUUUCACCACACUGGUGUCUGACAUGAGAGUCACCUGUCCAGCUCACGAUAAGGCCAGGAGAGCUGCAAAAGCCCUGAAGAGCCCUGUGUACCGCUACUUAGUGACCCACACACCGUCCAGAGAAGCAAAGGUCUCUAAACUGCUGCCUUUUCAAAGUCGCUUCUCCUUCCAUGUACUGGAUGCCUUGGCAUUCUUUAAUAAUCUGAAAUGGGCACUGGGAGAGAUGAGUGCAGAAGACGAAGGCUUUCAGCAGCUUAUGAGAAAGUACUUUGUACACUUUGCAAAAACAGGAGCCAUGCCAAUGGAAUGGCCCAGAUACCCAUCCCAUGUGGCAAUGCUGUCCAGCAACUUCUCUGCAGCUCAGAAUUACUCUGCUGCUCGCUGUCAGCUCUGGGAGAAAAAUGGGUUCUUCUCGUACGCAUGGAUCAACUAAUGUGCUAUUU